GCCGAGUUUCCCUUUAACCCCCACAUUUCGUGGAUCUUUUUCCCCCCUUUCCUCCUCACGACCUUCAUCAUCCAUCCCUCUCCCACAAAGGCUUUUUCACCCAGUCCUCGGUUCCAGUCUGUAAUUCGACUGUGUUCCACAUACACUCCUUUAAACCCUGACUUUCUCUUAAAAAUCUAAACAUUAAAGCACCACGUUUGGUGUUCGACACAAAAUCUCUUAUACCCCGUUUAUCCUCGCGUCAACCGCCUGCUGAAUCCUCCACGAGCAACCGGAAAAGAUUUCCUUAAUGCGCGUCAGACGAGGACACGCUGCUAUGUCUAUGAAGACAGUGAACCGACGCUCAGUUGAAGAACGGGAGCCUGGACUUAUCAAUCUCCCUGUCAAACUACCUGUUGCACUUCCUUCCAUUCCAUUAUUGGAUCCUGUCAUUAAACCUGCCGUGACGUGGCUUGUCGAUGGUCCCGAGACGGCUACGCCGACAGAGGCGGAUCCUCCUCCGACGAGUCCUACAGCGCCUCCGAGUAAUCCAGGGAACGGGUCUGGUAACGGCAAUGAUAACGGCAAUGGAAAAGGGGGCGGCGAAGAAGGUGGCUCGGGGACUGGUAACGGUGAUGGUGAUGGUGGUAAGGGUUCCGGUUCUGGUAAUAGCAGUGAUUCUGGAUCAGGAGCGGGUACUGGGAAUGGUUCUGGAAACGACUCUGGAAACGGUACCGGUACUGGAAGUGGUUCAGGGGGAGGAGGGAAUACGAAUACCGGAAAUAAUGGAAAUACUGGGAACACAGGUAGUAGUCAGAGCGACCGUGGACAAACGGGAGGGUCGAAUGCAGGUGGAAGUAAAGGAGGUCAAGGUAGUCAAGGGCAAAACAACACUCCUCAGCGCCCGCCGACUAUUCCAGGAAGCAAUUCGUCCAGCAAGAGUGUUAGUGGCUCGGAUCGGUCGCCUGCCUCGAAUCCAGUUUUUGCUGCUGGCGCCCCAGCGUCCCAGACCUCCUCCUCCCAGCCUGACUCCGGUGCUGGUCAGAACCUUUCUUCUAUCAGACCGACUCCGACAGCUGCGGUAGCAGGACCUACCUCUCAGGCGGGUGGAAGUAUUGGGAGCUCUAGUGUAGGGAACGGUGGAGGAGGAAGUAUUGGGAGUUCUGACGGAGGAAGCUCUAACACGACGCAGACUCACGGUACCAAUGGAGCCCACAGCGGCAAUUCGAACAAACUCGCCUCCGGUGCAAUAGCUGGGAUCGUGGUAGCCUGCGGUGUCGUACUUCUCCUACUGCUUGUCUUCUUCCGAAGACGUCGUCUCAUCGCAAUCCGUAACCAACGUCGCGAUCGUUGGAAUGGAACAGCUGUCGUUAGCUCUGCCUAUGAUUUCAGCGAUGGACAUGACAGCUCCGGUCCCGCUUCUGCGCGUAGUAGCUUUGCGACUGCGUACGAUAUGUCCACCGAACUUGGGCACGCACGACCUGCCACACCUCCUGUACCUGUCCCCCAGAUGGCCGAACUUCGAGAUGCCCAUGUACCAGGGACUUUCAGCCAGAGACUGGUUGGAACCCCGAUAUCCCCUCGUUCCCCUCCUCCACCCCCGAUUUUGGUUAGCGUUGUACAGACUACAGAUGCAGAUGGAGAUUUUGGGUUGGAUCAUAAUACGCCAAUGCAAAGUGCUCAAUCUCUAUCCAGUGAUCCCUAUAGUCAAGGUCAAGUUAUCAAGCUCCCUCCAGAUCUGUUGUUAUCAUUAGAACCUCUGACACCCAUGUCCGUUCGACCAUUCUCGCCGACGGAAUCGUUCUCGUUUCCUAAACCUCCUGACUCGAGUCGUCGAACAAGGGGAACGAGUAUUCUUGCGGACGGAGCCCUCUCCCCGAGCGACCCUGGGUCUAACCCGUUCUCUGACCCACUGCCUCCGUCACCUUCGUCUCCUAGCGAAUUGGCGGAAACCGAAGUGAUUCGUCGGCCGUUUUUACCUACUAGAGAUGACGAAUUGGCUGUUUCUGCAGGCGAUAAAGUAACUAUCGUCCAAGUGUUUGAUGAUGGGUGGGUUGCAGUGCGAAAGGCUGGAGCACAUGUGGGAAAGGGGAAAGGGAAGGCUGCGGAGGGUGGACCCGGACUUAUUCCUAUUGACUGUUUCCGUGGACAAGAUCAAGAGUUGCCGGAAUUUUUGGCAUUGAAGAGGGUCAGUUCGUAUGGUGAAAAUUAAAGAUUUAUUCAUUAUCCUCCCCCCUCGUUUCCUGGCGGUUCCCAUAAUACCGAUGAACGGCGAUCCAACGACUACAGCCGUGAUUUUCCAAAGAUCAUGCACCUAUCUCAUUGAACGUUUUUGUUCUCGCGUGUUUCGUGUUUUUCUUUUCGUUAUAUACUUUCGCUUCUCACUAUCGCUUUCGGGUUGUCCACUUUUAUCUUCAACUUUUUUGUUGCGUUCAUGUCUACCCAUGAGCGGGACUUUCUUUCUUUGUUUACAUUCGUGUGCCCAUUAUGGAUCUUCCAUUCCACCUUUUAUCUCGUUAUUACGAUGCCUCUAAGAUUAUUAGCCAGAACCCACUAAAAUCACCAAGGAUUAUUAUCCUCGGUGGUGUUUCCUUCGCUAUGUGGUAGUAACUUGUUGCAUACUUAACAUAAAUAUCGUGUAUCCCUGAUAUGUAUAAUGUUAUCUUCUAUACUAUCUUUCACCGCAA